AUGUCGAUAGCAGUCCAGCCAGGCCUGCAAGAGUGGGACGAGACAGAUGACACGCCUCAGCACGAGCAGCACGAGCCACGCUGGGGUGAGCUGAGCGAGUCCGAGGAAGAGGAGGAGGGGGAGGAGACGGACCAGCUCGAGAUCAGCUCGCAGGAUGAUGUAGAAGACCAUAUCGCUGCUCGCAAUGGGCGCCGGCAAGGCUAUGGCGGGCGAGACGCAGAGGAGGGAGAUGCGCCGUCUGAUCAAGGCACGGGCUUUGUCGAAGUCUUGCUGACCGGUACUCACCACAGUAUCUCGCCUGCGCCGCUGUUGAUGGCCCAUGCAUUCUACUUGACCGGACUGCCCCUCGGUAUACCCGCACUGUACAUCACAGCAGCACUCUACUGGCUUGCUCGGAUCACGCUCGACGUCCAGGCACGCUAUGUCGGGGCCAGGCAUCAAAUGGGCAGGACCUAUUCGCGACUGGCACAUUCAGUCUUUCCUACCGCAUAUGGCGGACACGUCAUCGGUCAGCUCCUUGUGAAUGCGACCAUCCUCUUUGUGGCCGGCGGAAGAGCGGUCGUUGCUCUGAUGAGCGCCACAGAUAUCUUCUGUCAAUUCUUUCCGCACAAGCUGCCCACCCUUGCCCGCAUCAUUGUGCCCUUUGUCAUCACCCUCAUCUUCCUCAUACCGGCUGCAUCUGCCCCUCGUCGGCCGUUCUUGUCGGAGAAAUCCUUUCCGGUCCUCACACGCUUGCCGCUUCUGUCGAAUGCGCUCUGGCUUCUGGUGCUCUUCUUGAUCGGCGUGAGGGCAAAGCGAAUCGACUGGGAUGAUCCCGAUACGAUCGCAUUGCCGCCAGACGAUCAUGGCGACGGCCUGCUCCGUCACGAAGUCAUGGGCACCAGCGUCUGGGCCGGCAUCGCCAUCAUGGUUUUCGCUGUUGGUUCGCCUCGCAAUCUCGUCAUGCAGUAUCACCGCACGCGACGGGACAUGUUUGCGAAGCCUAAUUCGAAAGCAGUCAAACUUGCGCAAAGGCACAAGGCAGAAGCUGCUGGUUUCAUUGGUAUCGGCGUAGCGACUGCUGUCCACAUGGGCUGGGGUCUCGUUGGCUAUCUGGGCAUACCGCGCGGUGGCAGCAAAGCAGGCGACAUCUUUUCGUUGCUACCGCGGCGUGACGGUUGGAUCAUCUUUGCUCGCGUGCUCAUCCUCUUGACGCUCAUGCUCAAUCUGCCGUCGAUCAUUGCGCCAGCGCGGGAUGCCCUCGUCAGGCUGACACGGAUGCCAUUUGCGCCGCACGGUCAUACCGGGCAGCAUCAUCUGGUGCCAGAAGAGGACGCGAGCACGCACGAGGCGAGCGAGGGCAGGAGACGUCAGGCGACGCCAAAGACUUGGGAUGUCAGACUUGCGAUUGCAGCAGUCUGGCUCAGUGCUGCUACCGCUAGUGCAGCUUUGCGAGAGGCAGCGCCGGGUGAAGCGGCGCUGGGAAACGCCGCAGAAAUCAUCGGAUGGGCAGGCACCACGACGCUCAGUUAUAUCCUCCCUUCACUGUUCUUUAUCGUGCUGUUUCACAUAAGGAAAGCGCGGCACAUCUUUGUGUCCGACCCGGCAGCUAUCGCCCAGGACACACUCUUGCUCAGGAAGGAAUAUCAGUUGCAGAAGAGACUCAGCGGACGGAGGAUAUGGCAAGAUCUUGGCUCGUUCGGUCUGCUCAUGCCACUUGGGCUUGUGAUCAUCAUCCGAGGUGCUAUAGCUGUCACGUGCAGCCGGAACGCCAAGCGCGCCGCUCCUUCCACGAUCUGGCAGGCCAGCAUGUCCGAUGAGUACAUAGCUGCGCCAACGAGCAGUGCAGCGGCCUAUACGCCCCAGUACAGCGGACCGGUGACAAUCUCCAGCGAGAGUGCAAGGCCAGAAUAUCAUGCAUCAGCGACUGCGCCUUCACGCGAACCUGCGAGCUAUUCAUCGCCGCUCGUACCGACCUACGUCGCGCCAACGGCAGACUCUGCAGCCGCGACAGCUUAUGAAGCGCAACCGCAGCUGCCUCAGCAGAUAGCUGUCCCCACUUUGCCGGCUACAAGUACGGCCGAUAGAAGCAAGGGCAAAGCGAGAGCGAGAGUGCAAUCUGCUCAGUCUACUGCGGCUACGGGUACAUCUGUCUUGCCCGUAGCGAGAGUGACGAAGAUCAUCAAGGCCGACAAGGACAUCAGUAUCUGCAGCAAAGAGGCUGUGUAUCUCAUCUCGGUCGCGACAGAGUUCUUCAUCAAGAAGCUCACAGAGGCAGCGUCGACGACUGCAAGGUUAGAGAAGCGCAAAUUUGUCCAAUACAAAGAUCUAGCGACCACAGUAGCCAACUCUGACGAAUACUUCUUUCUGGAGCAGAUUAUACCGCAGCAAGUGAGCCUGUCGACAGCAUUGGCGAAGCGACAGGCGCAAUUCGGCGUGCCUCCGCCGGCUGUACACGCUGCGCCUGUGCCCCUUGCGGGCGAGAACGGGAUAGACCUGUCGACGCAGACGAGCGAGAGAGGCUCGGUCGAUUUGCCAGAUGUGCCAAUCGCGAAUGGCGACACGUAUGCUGAUCGAGCCGAGAGCGGGUCAGAGAUCGAGGACGACGCCAUGCGGCUCGACGGGUGA